GAUCUAUUACAGUACAAGACAUACUCAUACUUCCACAGAAAGUCAGAAAAACUCAACAAGAACAGACACACGCACCUACAACCACAGACUCACACCACAGACAGAGACUCAGAGGCAGUAUGGGAGACCUGCAGAUCCAGAUGCUCCAUGGUAAGGACCAGGGGUCACGGCUCCUCCACCACCCAGCCAGGAUAACGGUAGAAGGGCUCAUCCAUCGGUCCCUGGAGGCCAAGGAGUUUUCCUACUGUCCCUACAGCAAGUUCAGGGUCGGGGCUGCCCUCCUGGCCCACGACGACAGAGUGUUCACAGGUGAGAUAUCAUCUAUCACUUCAAUCUAUUGAUUAAUUGAUUGAGUUUAUUUGACAAUCUUAAAAAAUACCUACAGCUGACAAUCAGUAUAUGUUUAGUUAUAUUUAUUUGACCAGGUAAGUUGACUGGGAACACAUUGUCGUUUAACUACAAUAUUGAACUGGGAAGACUUAGUGGAGAGGGAUCCGGCUUUAGAUGCAUGUGUUGUUACAGUACUGUAAAAAUGUACAGAACGUCUACAUUUUAAAUCAAAAACUUUAGAAUAGAUAGAUAAACAGAAAAUAGGCAUAUCCCAUAAUCUGAAAAAGAAAACAUUACCCUGUAACGUUUAUACUGUAACAUUUGUGAUAAAGAUUGCUUCUAAUCAUGAGCAGGAAUAUGUAAGUGUGUAAAAUCCAAUGUUACAAUGUUCCUGAAUCUGUUUCAUGAGUCAUGACUAACCACCAAAAGGAAUAACCACAUAUGAAGCAGGCCUGUGAUGUUCAGAAUGAUGUAACUCUGUCUGUCUGUGUUCUACAGUUCCGUAGAUUAUUCACACUUGUUCCCUCAGCAUUGGAAUUUAGUCAAUCAGAAAUGAAUUUAGUCAGUCAUAAAUUAAUCAGAUAGUCAGUUAGAAUUUAGUCAGUUAGGAAUUUAGCUCAAGUGGGCAAGAAGCCUUUUUGUGCACAAGCAUAACUAGACUAUUUAACAAUACAUGAACAGACACUAAUUUCUAAGGAUUUCAAUGUUUCAAACUUUGUACAUUGUGUUCUCGACUGACUGGUUUUGCAUAACCUGUUAAUGAUUAACUGAGGGGAAACUAUCUAACCAAGUAAUCUCCUUGGCCUAAAGUCACGGUAUUUGCAAUGAACAAAUCCAUCAAUUGAUCAAUCAUAUAAGAUCUUUAGAGGAACCAGGGGAGACAUAUCUUCAGCUCUGUCUGCUUUGCCAUCGUUUUAAACCCUUUGAAAACAAGUGAAAAGCUCUGUACAUGACAGUAAAUGUGGUCGGUUAUCUCUUCAGGUUGCAAUGUGGAGAACGCGUGUUACAACCUGGGUGUGUGUGCAGAGAGGAACGCCAUCGCUAAAGCAGUGUCAGAGGGAUACCGUAGCUUCAAGGCCAUUGCUAUUGCCAGGUACAGUUCUACACUGAGUGUACAAAACAUUAACAACACCUGCUCUUUCCAUGACAUAGACUUACCAGAAAACGAAAGGUAGGGAGGUGGUAUGCGUUUUUUCAUAAAUAACAACUGGUCUCGAGCUUUUGCUCACAUUUACAUUUUAGUAAUUUAGCAGACGCUCUUAUCCAGAGCGACUUACAGUUACUGAGUGCAUACAUUAUUUUUUAAUUUUUAAUUAUUUUUUUUCAUACUGACACGAACCCACAAUUUUGGCGUUGCAAACACCAUGCUCUACCAACCAUCGACAGAGCCUGGAUUCGAACCAGCUACAAGACUGUUUUGCCAGAACAGACUGGGAUAUGUUCUGGGAUUCAUCUGAUAACAUUGAGGAGUUUACCACAAUAGUCACAGGCUUCAUCAAUAAGUGCAUAGACGAUGUCGUCCCCACAGUGACUAUAAGAACGUAUCCCAAACAAAAAGCAUGGAUUACAGGCAACAUCUUCUAGAGCUACCGCUUACAAUGAAUGGGACACGGAUAUGGACGCAUACAACGCUACGACCUCUGACGAGACAUCAAACAUGCAAAAGGACAAUAGAGGAGGAAGGUGGAAUCCUUACACCGGCUACGACGCUCGGAAUAUAACACUGUGCCUUGCGUGAAAGGCCCUGCUUUUCCGGAUGACUGUGUGAUCUCGCUCUCCAUUGCUGAUGUGAGCAAAACGUUUAAACAGGUUAACAAUCACAAUGCCGCCAGGCCAUACAGAAUACCAGGGCGCAAUCUCAAAGCAUGUGCAGACCAGCUGGCAGAUGUCUUCACAGACAUUUUCAAUCUCUCCUUGUCCCAGUCCGUAAUCCCAACAUGUUUCAAUCUGACCACCAUGGUCCCAAGAGCCCCAAGGUAACCUGCCUAAAUGACCAUCACCCUGUAACACUCACAUCUGUAAUUAUGAAGUGCUUUGAAAGGCUGGUCAUGACCCACAUCAACACCAUCAUCCCAGGCACCCUAAACCCACCCCAAUUUGCAUACUGCCCCAACAGAUCCACAGACGAUGCAAUCUCAAUUGCAAUUCACACUGUCCUCUCCAACCUGGACAAGAGUGGAAGUAACUAUCUGAGAAUGCUGUUCAUAGACUACAGCUCAGCGUUCAACACCAUAGUCCCCUCCAAGCUCAGCACCAAGCUAGGGAUCCUGGGACUGAACCCCUCCCUCUGCAACUGGAUUCUGGACUUCCUGAUGGGUCGGCCCCAGGUGUUGAGGGUAGGCAACAACACCUCCACCACUCUAACCCUCAACAUGGGGCCCCUCAGGGGUGGGUGCUUAGUCACCUUCUGUACUUCCUGUUCACCCACUACUGCGUGGCCGUGCACGACUCCAACACCAAAUCAAAUCAAAAUCAAAUCAAAUUGUAUUUGUCACAUACACCUGUUCAGCAGAUGUUAUAGCGGGUGUAGCGAAAUGCUUGUGCUUCUAGCUCCGACAGUGCAGUAAUAUCUAACAAUUACACAACAUAUACCCAAUACACACAAAAAGUAAGGAAUGGGAUUUAAGAAUAUAUACAUAUGGACAAGCAAUGACAGAGCGGCAUGGACUAAGAUACAGAACAAUAUUAUAGAAUAGAAUGCAGUAUAUAUAUAUAUAUAUAUAUAUAUAUAUAUAUAUAUAUAUAUAUAUAUAUAUAUAUAUAUAUAUAUAUAUAUAUAUGAGAUGAGUAGUGCAAGAUAUGUAAACAUUAUUAAAGUGACUAGUGUUCCAUUUCUUAAAGUGGCCAGUGAUUUCAAUAGGCAGCAGCAGCCUCUAAUGUGCUAGUGAUGGCUGUUUAACAGUCUGAUGGCCUUGAGAUAGAAGCUGUUUUUCAGUCUCUCGGUCCCAGCUUUGAUGCACCUGUACUGACCUCGCCUUCUGUAUGAUAGCGGGGUCAACAGGCUGUGGCUCGGGUGGUUGAUGUCCUUGAUGAUCUUUUUGGCCUUCCUGUGACAUCGGGUGCUGUAUGUGUCUUGGAGGGCGGGUAGUUUGCCCCCGGUAAUGCGUUCGGCAGACAGCAGCACCCUCUGGAGAGCCCUGCGUUGUGGGCGGCGCAGUUUGCGUACCAGGCGGUGAUACAGUCCGACAGGAUGCUCUCAAUUGUGCAUCUGUAAAAGUUUGUGAGGGUUUUAGGUAAUAAGCCACAUUUCUUCAGCCUCCUGAGGUUGAAGAGGCUCUGUUGAGCCUUCUUCACCACACUGUCUGCGUGGGUGGUCAUUUCAGUUUGUCUGUGAUGUGUACGCCAAGGAACUUGAAGCUUUCCACCUUCUCCACUACGGUCCCGUUGAUGUAGAUAGGGGGGUGCACCCUCUGCUGUUUCCUGAAGUCCACGAUCAUCUCCUUUGUUUUGUUGAUGUUGAGUGAGAGGUUAUUUUCCUGGCAACACACUCCCAGAGCCCUCACCUCCUCCCUGUAGGCGGUCUCGUCAUUGUUGGUAAUCAAGCCUACUACUGUUGUGUCGUCUGCAAACUUGAUGAUUGAGUUGGAGGCGUGCUUGCCCACGCAGUCAUGGGUGAACAGGGAGUACAGGAGGGGUCUGAACACGCACCCUUGUGGGGCCCCAGUGUUGAGGAUCAGCGAAGUGGAGAUGUUGUUUUCUACCUUCACCACCUGGGGGCGGCCCGUCAGGAAGUCCAGGACCCAGUUGCACAGGUCAGGGUUCAGACCCAGGGCCUCAAGCUUAAUGAUGAGCUUGGAGGGUACUAUGGUGUUGAAUGCUGAGCUAUAGUCAAUGAACAGCAUUCUUACAUAGGUAUUCCUCUUGUCCAGAUGGGAUAGGGCAGUGUGCAGUGUGAUGGCGAUUGCAUCGUCUGUAGAUCUAUUGGGGCGGAAGGCAAAUUGAAGUGGGUCUAGGGUGAUAUGAUCCUUGACUAGUCUCUCAAAGCACUUCAUGAUGACAGAGGUGAGUGCUACAGGGCGAUAGUCAUUUAGUUCAGUUACCUUUGCUUUCUUGGGUACAGGAACAAUGGUGGCCAUCUUGAAGCAUGUGGGAACAGCAGACUGGGAAAGGGAGAGAUUGAAUAUGUCCAUGAACACACCAGCCAGCUGGUCUGCGCAUGCUCUGAGGACACGGCUAGGGAUGCCGUCUGGGCCGGCAGCCUUGUGGGGGUUAACAUGCUUAAAUGUCUUAAUCACGUCAGCCAUGGAGAAGGAGAGGUCACAGUCCUUGGUAGUGGGCCUCGUCAGUGGCACUGUGUUAUCCUCAAAGCGGGCAAAGGUGUUUAGCUUGUCUGGAAGCGAGACAUCGGUGUCGGCGACGUGGCUGGUUUUCAUUUUUGUAGUCUGUGAUUGUCUGUAGACCCUGCCACAUACGUCUCGUGUCUGAGCCAUUGAAUUGCGACUCCACUUUGUCUCUAUACUGAUGUUUUGCCAGUUUAAUUGCCUUGCGGAGUGAGUAGCUACACUGUUUGUAUUCUGCCAUAUUCCCAGUCACCUUGCCAUGGUUGAAUGCGGUGGUUUGCGCGUUCAGAUUUGCGCGAAUGCUGCCGUCUAUCCACGGUUUCUAGUUAGGGUAGGUUUUAAUAGUCACAGUGGGCAAAACAUCACCUAUACACUUCCUGAUAAACUCUGUCACCAUUUCAGUGUAUAUGUCUAAAUUAUUUUUGGAAGCUACUCGGAACAUAUCCCAGUCCACGUGAUCAAAACAAUCUUGAAGCGUGGAUUCCGAUUGGUCAGACCAGCGUUGAAUAGUCCUUAGCACGGGUACUUCCUGUUUGAGUUUCUGCCUAUAGGAAGGGAGAAGCAAAAUGGAGUCGUGGUCAGAUAUGCCGAAAGGAGGGCGGGGGAGGGCCUUAUAACCAUCCCGGAAGUUUGAAUAGCAAUGGUUGAGGAUUUUAGCAGCGUGAGUACAACAGUCAAUAUGUUGAUAGAACUUCGGCAGCCUAGUCCUCAAAUUUGCUUUGUUAAAAUCCCCGGCUACAAUAAAUGCAGCCUCAGGAUAUGUGGUUUCCAGUUUGCAUAAGGUCCAGUGAAGUUCUUUGAGGGCCGUCGUGGUAUCGGCUUGAGGGGGGAUAUACACGGCCGUGACUAUAACCGAAGAGAAUUCUCUUGGGAGAUAAUACGGUUGGCAUUAGAUUGUGAUAAAUUCUAGGUCGGGUGAACAGAUCGACUCGAGUUCCUCUGUGUUACUACAAUUACACCAUGAGUCGUUAAUCAUGAAACACACACCUCCGCCCUUCUGCUUCCCGGAGAGAUAUUUAUUCCUGUCUGUGCGAUGAACUGAGAACCCAUCUGGCUGGACCGAUUUCGACAGAAUAUCCCAAGAGAGCCAUGUUUCCGUGAAACUGAGUAUGUUAAAGGCCUUGAUGUCUCUCUGGAAAGAAAUCCUUGCCCGUAGUUCGUCGACUUUGUUAACCAAAGAUUGAAGAUUAGCGAGUAGAAUACUUGGAAGCGGUGGGUGGUGUGCGUGCCUCCUAAGUCGGACCAGCAGGCUGCUCCGAGUGACUCUCCUCCGCCAGCGAUGUUUUGGGUCAGCCGCUGGAAUCAGUUCAGUUGCCCUGGGGAGAGCAAACAAAGGGUCUGCUUCGGGAAAGUCGUAUUCCUGGUCGUAAUGCUGGUAAGUUACCGCCGCUCUGAUAUCCAAUAGUUUUUCCCGGCUGUACGUAAUGAUGCAAAACACUUUCUGUGCUAAUAAUGUAAAAAAUAACACAUAAAAAAAACGGCGCCAGGUACACACCAUCAAGUUUGCUGACGUCACGAUGAUGGUAGGCCUGAUCACCGACGACGGUGAAUCAGCAUACAGAGAGAGGUCAGACACUUAGCAGUGUGGUGCCAGGACAACAACCUCUCCCUGAACGUCAGUAAGACCAAGAAGCUGAUUGUGGACUAUAUUAGAAAGAGUGGAGAGCAUGCACUCAUCGGCGGGGCUGUUGUGGAGCUGGUCAAGAGCUUUAAGUUCCUUGACGUCGACAUCACUAAGGACUUAACAUGGUCCACAAAAACAGAAAUCCAUUAUAAACAUAAGUAUUCAGACCCUUUGCUAUGAGACUCGAAAUUGAGCUCCGGUGCAUCCUGUUUCCAUUGAUCAUCCUUGAGCUGUUUCUACAACUUGAUUUGAGUCCACCUGUGGUAAAUUCAAUUGAUUGGACAUGAUUUGGAAAGGCACACACCUGUCUAUAUAAGGUCCCACAGUUGACAGUGCAUGUCAGAGCAAAAACCAUGCCAUGAGGUCGAAGGAAUUGUCCGUAGAGCUCCGAGACAGGAUUGUGUGGAGGCACAGAUCUGGGGAAGGGUAAUAAAAUAUUUAUGCAGCAUUGAAAGGUCCCCAAGAACACAGUGGCCUCCAUCCUUCUUAAAUGGAAUUAGUUUGGAACCACCACAACUCUUCCUAGAGCUGGCCACCAGGGAGAAGGGCCUUGGUCAGGGAGGUGACCAAGAUCCCGAUGGUCAGUCUGACCGAGCGCCAGAGUUCCUCUGUGGAGAUGGGAGAACCUUCCAGAAGGACAACCAUCUCUGCAGCACUCCACCAAUCAGGCCAGACGGAAGCCACUCCUCAGUAAAAGGCACAUGACAGCCCGCUUUGAGUUUGCCAAAAGGCACCUAAAGGACUCUCAGACCAUGAGAAACAUGAUUCUCUGCUCUGAUGAAACCAAGCUUGAAUUCUUUAGUUUUUCAGCGGCAGGGACUGGGAGACUAGUCAGGAUCGAGGGAAAUAUGAAUGGGGAAAAGUACAGAGGGAUCCUUGCCCAGACUUGAACCCGAUCAAACAUCUCUGGAGAGACCUGAAAAUAGCGGUGCAGCGACGCUCCCCAUCCAACUUGACAGAGCUUGAGAGGAUCUGCAGUGAAGAAUGGGAGAAACUCCCCAAAUACAGGUGUGCCAAGCUUGUAGCAUCAUACCCAAUAAGACUUGAAGCUGUAAUCGCAGCCAAAGAUGCUUCAAUAAAGUACUGAGUAAAGGGUCUGAAUACUUAUGUACAGUGAGGGAAAAAAGUAUUUGAUCCCCUGCUGAUUUUGUACGUUUGCCCACUGACAAAGAAAUGAUCAGUCUAUAAUUUUAAUGGUAGAUGUAUUUGAACAGUGAGAGAAAGAACAACAAAAAAAUUCAGAAAAAUGCACGUCAAAAAUGUUAUAAAUUGAUUUGCAUUUUAAUGAGGGAAAUAAUUAUUUGACCCCCUCUCAAUCAGAAAGAUUUCUGGCUCCCAGGUGUCUUUUAUACAGGUAACGAGCUGAGAUUAGGAAAACACUCUUAAAGGGUGUGCUCAUAAUCUCAGCUUGUUACCUGUAUAAAAGACACCUGUCCACAGAAGCAAUCAAUCAAUCAGAUUCCAAACUCUCCACCAUGGCCAAGACCAAAGAGCUCUCCAAGGAUGUCAGGGACAAGAUUGUAGACCUACACAAGGCUGGAAUGGGCUACAAGACCAUCGCCAAGCAGGUUGGUAAGAAGGUGACAACAGUUGGUGUGAUUAUUCGCAAAUGGAAGAAACACAAAAUAACUGUAAUCUCCCUCGGCCUGGGGCUCCAUGCAAGAUCUCACCUCGUGGAGUUGCAAUGAUCGUGAGAACGGUGAGGAAUCAGCCCAGAACUACACGGGAGGAUCUUGUCAAUGAUCUCAAGGCAGCUGGGACCAUAGUCAUCAAGAAAACAAUUGGUAACACACUACGCCGUGAAGGACUGAAAUCCUGCAGCGCCUGCAAGGUCCCCCUGCUCAAGAAAGCACAUAUACAGGGCCGUCUGAAGUUUGCCAAUGAACAUCUGAAUGAUUCAGAGGAGAACUGCGUGAAAGUGUUGUGGUCAGAUGAGACCAAAAUCGAGCUCUUUGGCAUCAACUCAACUCGCCGUGUUUGGAGGAGGAGGAAUGCUGCCUAUGACCCCAAGAACACCAUCCCCACCGUCAAACAUGGAGGUGGAAACAUUAUCCUUUGGGGGUGUUUUUCUGCUAAGGGGACAGGACAACUUCACCGCAUCAAAGGGACGAUGGACGGGGCCAUGUACCAUCAAAUCUUGGGUGAGAACCUCCUUCCCUCAGCUAGGGCAUUGAAAAUGGGUCGUGGAUGGAAAUUGCAGCAUGACAAUGACCCAAAACACAUGGCCAAGGCAACAAAGGAGUGGCUCAAGAAGAAGCACAUUAAGGUCCUGGAGUUGCCUAGCCAGUCUCCAGACCUUAACCCCAUAGAAAAUCUGUGGAGGGAGCUGAAGGUUCGAGUUGCCAAACGUCAGCCUCAAAACCUUAAUGACUUGGAGAAGAUCUGCAAAGAGGAGUGGGACAAAAUCCCUCCUGAGAUGUGUGAAAACCUGGUGGCCAACUACAAGAAACGUCUGACCUCUGUGAUUGCCAACAAGGGUUUUGCCACCAAAUACUAAGUCAUGUUUUGCAGAGGGGUCAAACACUUAUUUCCCUCAUUAAAAUGCAAAUCAAUUUAUAACAAUUUUGACAUGUGUUUUUAAUUUAUUUGUUUUCUAAAAUAAAUGUGCAAAUUUUUUUCUAAAAAACAGUUUCUGCUUUGUCAUUAUGGGUUAUUGUGUUGAUUGAUGAGGAAAACAUGUGUUUAAUCCAUUUUAGUUUAAGGCUGUAACAUAACAAAAUGUAGAAAAAGUCAAGGGCUAUGAAUACUUUCUGAAUGCACUACCGUGUAUCUACCUCAAGUACCUCUGUACAUUGAUCUGAUACUGGUACUCCCUGUAUAUAGUUCCAUUCUUGUGUAUUUUAUUUUAUUCCUGGUGUUAGUUAUUUUAAAAAAUUACUUGUUGGGAAAGGUUCAUAAGCCAGCAUUUCACUGUAAAGUCUACACCAGUUGUAUUCGGCGGAUGUGAUUAAUACAAUUUGAUUUGAAAUGUGUACAUUCCUCAUCUCCUCAAUAAUUCAAAUCUAAUGCUCAUCCCUAUUUUCAGGGAAGUGUUAUAACAUCUUGAUAACGAUCAAUGUUCUCAUACAAAUGUGUUAAGAGGCAGGUUGACUUUUAUCCUCAUGAGUAAUCAAUGUUCUCAUACAAAUGUGUUAAGAGGCAGGUUGACUUUUAUCCUCACGAGUCUUGCCCUGGAGGCAGAACUGAGCGAUUUCCGCUAGAUGGUCGAGCUGCAAAGCUAUAUUGUAAAAAUUCAUAUCAACAAAAAUUGCUUUUGGGUUAGCAGUGUGGUUAAGGUUACAGUUUGGUUUAAAAUAAGUUAUGACUUUGUGGCUGUGCCAGCUAGUGACCACCACCAUUCAGUACAUGAGUCAUCCCAAUAAAUGCCAACCUGCGUGUUAACGAAGCAUAGUGCAACGCAAGGAUAAUAGUAUUAUUUUCAUUGACGGUGUUGUAAAAUGUCUUGUGUUGUUAUCAAUUUGUUUGCAGUGACUUACAUGACCAGUUCAUUUCACCAUGCGGUGGCUGCAGACAGUUCAUGAGAGAGGUAAGCGUCAUUCAAGCCUUGCAUCCUAGGAGGAAGACAAAUUGUUUGUCAUUUAUCUACGUCUAAUUCUGUUACUAUGCCUUUUGAGUGCUUAGGUCCAUGUAAUUACAUUCUCAUUACCAAAGUAGUUAUAGAGCAGGAAACUUCAUCUAAAGUUUUGCUGAUGCUCCAUAUAUGACGUGUUUUUCUCCCCUCUCCAGUUUGGGGCCAGCUGGGACGUGUAUCUGUCCAAGCCAGAUGGCACGUACGUAGAGAUGAACGUUAGUGAGCUGCUUCCUGUCUCCUUCGGCCCAGAAGACCUGUCCAUGAAGAAAGUCCUCAAGAUCUCCAACGAGUAUUAACCUGUUAUAACAACCACUGGGGGGGGGUGCUAGAUAAAUACACUUAUGUUGUAAAUUAUUGAUAUCUAUUACACAAGUCUUUGAUAUACAGUAGAUUGGGGUAAAAGGAUAUAGAAUUCUAAUCCAGAAAAAUUACAUUUUAGGUAGCAUGUGCAGACUGGAAAGUAGCGCUAUGUCAAAGGUCUAUGAAUGUAUGUUUAUGCAUUUUCAUUGUUCAUGUAUAUCGAGAUUGUAAAUAACAUAUUUAAGUACAUUGAUCAAUUUGUAUUCAAUACAUUUGUAAACUAUUUUGUCACACUUAGCUGGUAUCUUUAUUCCACAACAAUCUAUUCCUGUGAGUGAUAGAUUUAGAAAAGGUUUAUUAGCAUUAGGAAGCAUAUAGUCUACAUCAAAUAAAUAUCAACAGCACAUCAAAAUUAUAUAUCCACAUAAUUUCAUGAAUACAUACCAAUCGUUUAAAAUGGACUACAGUCCUACUGAUUCUCCCAAACAGUGACAUCUCAAACGUAUGUUUUGUAAAAAAAAAAAAAGAUACAUAUUUUAUAGCUUUCAUCAGCACCAAUAUCGGACAUGAACAUGAGAAAGGCAUUCCAAUGACAGUCAGGCAGGCAAAGUGAAAUAUCUACGUAGUUUCUCUCUAUAACUUAGUGAGCAGCAAAUCAUUCUGUAGGAAGAAUACAAGUAAAGGACAUCUUAUGAAAGUGCGACCGACUGGGUUAGAACCAGACUGUUUAGCUCGCUAAGCUAAAGCCUUAACCAAAGUCUUCAGGUCUCAGGCAAGGUUACUCAUCAUCACGCAAGCAUGGUUCACAAGCAC